ACUCAUUUCAGCUUUAUAUUGGUGGAAACUCUCUAAACGACACACUUCGUCAGAGUCCGCAGCUAAAGAUGGAGCUCCCCCUGAUGUUAUUUCUCUUCGUGGCAGUCUGUUCGUUUGCGGGAAAGGGAGAUGCUAGAAGAGAUCCUUUGGUGUAUUUUAAGGCAACUCUGACAAAGAGUUCGAACUCUGUCGAAGCUUAUCCGUUUGGUGUUGGCAGAAUCAUUCCUUUUAGCAGCGUUGAUGCCAACAUUGGUCGUGGGUAUAACCCUUCAUCUGGGGUAUUUGUUGUACCUGUAUCUGGUUAUUAUCAGUUCAGGGCACUUCUACAAUCAACUGGUAAAGGUAAUUCUGAUUUCGCGCUGGUUGCAAAGGGUUCUGUGAAAGCCCAUGUGACCCUUCGCACCGAUUGGACCAGUACCACUCUGAGCGCUAUCAUCCAUGUCAACAAAGGUGACCACGUCUUCAUCAAGAAAACCUACCAGAAUGGUAACUGCCCAUUAAGACAAGGGCAAUGGUCGCAGUUUAUCGGAUACCUGCUCAGAAAAGACUGAGUAUCUGUCUACAAAUAAAGUACGAUCAAAUGGUU